AUGAUGUUCCGUAAAGCCGGUCUUCCUACUCCACGAGCACCAGAAGGUAGAAGCAAUACCAGUAACCAGUCUUUGGUUGUCAAUCGUCAAAGAGAUCGAUACCCUAAUGAAGCUGUUUUAAGCUUCGAUGUCACUUUUCUGAAACUUGGGAAUAACUCGCUGCUUAUUACUGGAAUCUAG